UGAGUUGACCUUGGUUAAUAUUCACCAGCAGCGUCCCCGUGGCCCUUCUGAGUCUACUGCUUAAAUACUUAAAUACGGUGGAGGACGGGGCUUGGUUUCUUCAGUUUUGGUCACCAGCCAGCCCUGGGGCAGUAAAUCGACAAUGCCAUCCUCCACCACGUGGAGCCUCCUCCUGCUGGCAGGCCUGUGCUGCCUGGCUCCGGCCUCCUGGGCACACGGUCUCCUCGGAUCCACUCUCCAGGAUUUCCAAAACACGGACGCAUCCCAGCUUGAUCAGGUGGCAGCCAUCCACCAGGUCGCCGACACCCUGGCUGACUUUUCUUUUGCCUUCUACUGCCAGGCGUCCCGUCAGUCCAAUGCCACCAACAUCUUCUUCUCCCCAGUGAGCAUCGUCACCGCCUUUGCCCUGCUCUCGCUGGGCGCCAAGGGGGACACGCACACCCAGGUCCUGGAGGGCGCAGGUUUCAACCUCACUGAGAGAGCAGAGGCUGACAUCCACAAAGGCUUCCAAAGUCUACUCCGAACCCUUAACCGGCCGGACGACCAGCUGCAGCUGACCACUGGCAACGGCUUGUUCAUCGAUGAGAGCGCAAAACUAGUGGCGAAGUUUUUGGAGGACAUCAAGACACUGUACCACUCAGAAGCCAUCUCCACCAACUUCAAGGACUCCGAAAAAGCCAAGAAAGAGAUCAACGAUUAUGUAGAGAAGGGCACCCAAGGAAAAAUCGUGGAUCUGGUCAAAGAACUUGACAAAGAAACUGUUUUCGCUCUGGUGAAUUACAUCUUCUUUAAAGGCAAGUGGGUGAAGCCCUUCGAUGCGGCCCAGACCACAGAGAAGGACUUCCAUUUGGAUAACUCCACCACCGUCAAGGUGCCCAUGAUGCACCGCCUGGGCAUGUUCGACGUGCACCACUGUGACACACUCUCCAGCUGGGUGCUGCUCAUGGACUAUGAGGGCAAUGCCACGGCCAUCUUCAUCCUGCCCGACGAGGGGAAAAUGUGUCACACCGAGGGCACCAUCACCAAGGAAAUCCUCCUCAAGUUCCUGGAAAAGAGACGCCCAAGGUCUGCCAGUUUACAUUUGCCCAAGCUGUCCAUUUCUGGAACCUACGAUCUGAAAACCACCCUGAGCAACAUGGGCAUCACCAAGGUCUUCAGUGACGCGGCUGAUCUCUCGGGGAUCAGUGAGGAGACGCCCCUGAAGCUGUCCAAGGCCCUGCAUAAGGCUGUGCUGACCAUUGAUGAGAGAGGGACAGAAGCUUCCGGGGCCACAUUUCUGGAAGCCAUUCCCAUGUCGAUACCCCCAGAUGUCGAGUUCAACAGGCCCUUCAUCAUCAUCAUCUAUGAUAGGAACACCAAGAGUCCCCUCUUUGUGGGAAAGGUGGUAGAUCCCACCCAAAAAUAACUGCCUCUCUGGUUCAGCCCUCCCCUCCCAGGGUGGGUCCCCCCGACCCAAUAAAGAAUGACUGACCUGGCCCAAGCUUGAGUGUGCCAUGCCAAC